GUGAGACGUGCCCGCCGCCUGGACAGCACAGACAGCCUGGGGGGGAUGUCACCCUCCGAAGCCAUGGUGCUCCAAUGCAAGAACAUUCCAGCCAGUCUUAACAGCAAGGACAUCCUGGGGGAACAUUUCCGCCAGUUCGGACGUGUGCAGCGGAUCUUCUGCAGGCCCCAGAAGAACCUGGCCAUAGUGCACUUCCACGACCAUGCUUCUGCUGCCAAAGCCAAGAAGAAGGGCAAACUGCUGCGCAGGCAUGAGCUCACCAUCUUCUGGCAGAGGAAGAAGCAGAGUCCAGGAGAGAAGGGCCAAAGGCCUCCAGAUGACCCUGAUCCUCAGAGCCAGGCAGGAGGCUUUGAGUCAGCCCCUGUCUGCAAAGCCCUCUCCAAAUCCACCUCCGGCUGGUCCUCCAGCUCAUCCCUAUCCAGAGGGUCACCAGCCAAGAAACCCCUGGCGACAAAGGCCCUGCAGUUUGAGAGUGAGCCGCAGAUGGAGCCCAGCCCAGACGGCCUCGAAUCCGAACAUCUAGCCAGCAGCCUCCCCUCUCCCCUCUUCCACCUGGUGUUUGUGGGUACGUGUCCUGACAUGUGUCCGGAGAAGGAGCGUUACAUGAGGGAGACCCGGAACCAACUGAGCUCUUUUGAGGUCAUCCCCAACACGGAGAAGGUGGACCACACUGCUGCCAUUAAGGAGUACAGCAGGUCCUCUGCUGACCAGGAGGAGCCCCUCCCCCAUGAACUGCGGCCCCUUACUGUGCUGAACAUGACCAUGAACUACCUGGUUACCCAGGUCAUGGACCAGGGUGAGGACAACUACCGUGACUGGUAUGACUUUGUGUGGAACCGCACACGAGGUAUCCGGAAGGAUAUCACUCAGCAGCACCUGUGCGACCCGCUUACGGUGUCCCUUAUUGAAAAGUGCGCCCGCUUCCACAUCCACUGCGCACACCACCUGUGCCAGGAGCCCAUGAUGUCCUUUGAUGCUAAGAUCAACAAUGAAAACCUGACCAAAUGCCUGCAGAGCCUCAAGGAGAUGUACCAGGACCUGGCCAGCAAGAACAUCUACUGCCCUCAUGAGGCAGAGUUUCGGCAGUACAGCGUGCUCCUGAAGCUCAAUGAUGGAGACAUCCUCCGGGAGGUGCAGCAAUUCCGGGCGGAGCUCCGAAACUCUCCGGAGGUGAAGUUUGCCGUCCAGGCCUUUGCCGCUGUCAACAGCAACAACUUCGUGAGGUUCUUCAAGCUGGUCAAGGUGGCCUCGUAUCUGGCUGGUUGCAUCUUGCACCGCUACUUCGACCAGGUGCGCCGUGAGGCUCUGCGGGCCCUGAAUGUGGCCUACAGCUCCCGUGGUUCCACCACAUUCCCGGUCGAAGACCUGGUCCGGAUGCUCAUGUUCCAGAAUGCCGGCGAGGCUUCGGACCUCGCGCUGCAGUAUGGGCUCGCGGUCGAUGCAGGCAUGGUGGAGCUAAGCCGGACAGCGUACCAGGAGCCUGAGAUCCAGCCACGUCCAAAGCGCUCUGUGGCCAUCGCAAGGAAGCGGGAGGUGCUGGUGGGCCAAGUGGUCAACGGCGCGCCACUGCCCAACCCACCCCAACACACACCCGUCAACAGCUUUGACAGCCGCAACAAGUACCGUGGGGAUGGGCAGCCAGCGGAGGCAGGCAGUGUGCCCAGGGCUGCAGCCUCCCCUCAGAGGCCCCCCAUUGAGCUGGAUGCGCGGGCCCUCCAGCACCGAUCCAAGAUGCCGAGCGACCCAGCGGAGUCAGCUGGCCUCCCUGGUAGAGAGGAGAGUGGAGCACUUGGGGCAUCUCCGUCGGAGGCACCACCAGUCGCCCCACCUACGCCUCCCCCACCGGAGCCCGUUUACACAGAGCAGGACAUCGCCACGGAGGUAGAGGCCAUGCUGGAGGAGGUAGUGCAGGCCGAGGUGGCUGACGUGGCUGCCACCGGAGCCGAGUACAUCUCUGCUGCACUCAGCAUGUGCAACGGCCAGGUGGAGGCAGUGCUGAGUGAGGUGGUGGAGCAGAUGCUGCGGGAGGUUUCUGCUGCCGAGAUCCAGGCAGAGAGGGAGCAUAUCGCUGAGGAGAAGCGCAGGAUGGAGGAAGCCAGGAGAAAGCAGGAACACGAGGAGCUCCUGGCCCGGCUCAGCAAGACACUGUGUGCCGAGAUCACACAGGAGGUGCUGCGCGACUGCAUCGUGGAGACUGCCUCAACAGAGAUCAGGCGUGCCCAAGAAGAGCAGGCAGAAUGUGUGGCUCGCAGCUCACAAGACGUGUGUGAGGUACUGCUGGAGGAGACGCUGUGUGGUGAGCUCACCCUGCUGGCCCAAGACGUCCUGGAAGCAGAGCUUCUGAGUAUACGCAGGUUCAUCAAAAGGUGGCGUGAUGUGGUGGCCGUGCGCAGGCAGCUGAAGCGACAGAUGCGUGAUUUUCCUGCUGCCCCUGGCUGUGUGGACCCCCGCUUCAGGCUGCAGGCCUUGGCCCCCAGUGCCCCCCCCUCACCCUGCCUGGACAGGCUGGCCCGGGGCGUGGUCAACCUGGGGCACCUGAUGCUGCUGCCCUCGGCAGUCAGUCCCGGGGCUGAUGAGGAAGACGGGGACAUCUUCCUGUUAUCCGCCCUGCUGCAGCUCCGGCAGAUCCAGCAGGCUAAUGCCUGGCCACAGGCCCUUCCUCUGGUGGUGGUGGUCCCAGGGCAGGCUGGGCACAGGGCCAGCGAUGAACGGCUAGAGGAAGACCUGAUGCUUCAGACACUCAUUGAGGAAGGUUUGAUUUCAGAGUACAUGUUCGUCCAUAUCCCCGAGACCACGAACGAACCCCAAGGAUCCGAGCAGAUCCGCCAUGCCGUCAGGUGGCUCGCUGCCCGCUCCACGGCACCAGCCCGGCUCGUCUCGCAGACGUUGGUGCAGGUUGUGGAGGCCGGGCUCUGCCGCGAGUUUGCUGGUAGGCUUCACCGUGAUCGGAGGGACCGUGACAUGGCGGGACUGCCCUCCCAGGGCCCUGCACCCGUCAUCGGCCUCUACAACACUGUCCUGGCUUUCUUGGCUGGCCUUGUGUCGUCCCCGAGUCUGGCUGGCCUCACCUGGCCCGUGGCAGAGUUCUCGGUGCCAGGGGGUGGUGACUGCCUACCACAUCUGCUCUGGAACUCGGCUGAGCACCUGGAGUGGCUCCAGGGGGCAGUCCUGAGCCUGCGGCUGCCCGACUGGCCGCUGCCAGCCGUGGGGGCUCCUUGGAGCCAGCUGGUUGCCUCCAUCUUCCAGUACGUAUCUCAAAUCCCAUGGUCCCGCCACAGCCAGCCACUCCUUAUGUCCCAGUUGGAGAACCUUUUGGAGAGGCUGCGUCAGGACUGUGUGGGCCGAGGUGGGGGGCCGGACAAGGAGCCCACUUUCUGGGAGGUGCCCUGGGACGAAAUUGUCAUGCUCUGUGUAGAGCACCAACUCCGGGACUGGAACCCUCCUGGGUGCCCCGUGAGUGAAGAUGUCAUCAGUGACGACGGAGAAAUCUCGGUGUAUUUCCUGAGCGAUGGGCUGCAGGGCUUCAUACCGCCGUCCUGCUGGGUGGAUGCCGUAAAGCAGACGCACAGGGACAAGCAGCAGGGGAAGGCAGGGUGUCACCAGAGCAUGUGGCCUCAUCCUCGAAUGGCCAGGCCACGUCUUCAACAGAAGCUGUUUCACAGCAUGGUUGAGGACCCUGAGUCCGGAUCCGGUGUUGCCCCUGUUUUGGAUGCUGCCUCCAGCCCCCAGGACCUCCUGGCUCGCAUUGAGGAGGAGAAAGAACAGAGCCGCAGGUUCGAGGACCAGCUGCGUACCUGGCUUGACGUCGAGUCCCUGGGCCCUUCCUCUUCCUCCUCACCACUUUUCUUGCCUUCUUCGUUACUGUCUGUACCGGAGAUCGUAGUGCCCUCCCCAAAGAUGGCUGCCCCACCUGCACUUGCCCUGCAGAAGGAGCGCAGUGUCCGCAGUGACCAGGCCAGGGGAGCUGCCAGUUCUAUGGCGAGGCGUCUACAGGAGCUGGAGCAGCUGAUCUCUGCAAGCCGGGAGGAGGAGCUCGCAUGUGAGCUGAAGCUAAGCUGCCUUCUGGACAUUGUUGAUGACUGAGUGUCAUGUGACCCACCUGAUGUCUGCCGUUGACUGCCACAAGUUGUCUCUCUUAUGCCUGAUUUCUGCAGUAUAUUUAGUUGUGUGGUACUUGUGCAUAUAUUGCUUUGAAGAGUAUGAUGUACAGUAAUUUACACAACAUUGGGAGUGUUGUAACUGGGGGAAAAACAUGUCAUAGGAAAUGGACAGUUUUUUAGGGUUUUUUUUUUUUGUGCAAAUUUUAAAUAUUAAAAUGUUAUUGUAUUUAGAAACCCAUGGCUAUUUCUUUGUUUUUUUCCAUCAUGAAACUUUGUUUAUUGUACUUUUAAAUUGAAUCACAAUUUGCUGCAGAAUCUUUAAAACCUGUGACGUUAUUUGCCCAUAUUAGACACUCAUACGUGGGGUUGUUACUGCUGUUUCUUUAACCUUGUGUAUUGUUGGUCAAAAUUAACAAUUUAGGUAAUAUCUGCAUUGUACACCAUUGCAAAAGUAUGUCUUUUUUUAGACUCUUAAAGAAAUGUCAUGCAGCUCAAUUAUAUAUUCAUGUAAUUGAACUGAAGAUCACAGCAGUUCACUAAGCAGUCUGCCACUGAGUUCUUUUUAUAAACUGGCUGGCUGGUUUUUAAGAAAAUAUGCCCGUGGAUGCCCUACAGGUGGCAGCAGGGAGCCAUCUGCAUAUGUACAGACAGUCUGCUGGUUAAGAAUAUUCGACUGACUUGAUGUAGCUAAGAUAUUUUGCAUUUAAAAGCAGAUGGCCAUAGAUCCUAUCAUACUAAUUUAGUUUAAAACUAUUUUUAAUAUCAAACAUAUGCAUUACUUUAUGAUGCUCAUGAAAACAUCACCCUGCUUUAUUCUUUCGUGGGCUUGAGGUACAGUACUGUAUGCAGUUAUUUUUAAUAUUACUGUACUAUAAUGUUCUGUAGUAUUACUCUUCUCACACCAAUAAAUUUGACUUUAAGACUGA